CUCUCUCUCUCAAAACGCUUUCUCUUCCUCCAAUGGAGCCAUGGCUCGACGACUUAGCGGACGAUCUCCAAAGCAUUAGCUUCACCUCCACUAACACUACUACUACAACAAUCAACCGCAGCACCAGCUCCGGCUCCUCCGACGCCGCCGCACUCACGCCGGCUCCCUCCGCGCGCGGCUCAUUCUCGUCAAAAUCCAAAUCCAACCACUCCCUCUCCCUCUCCGACCUCCGCUUCUCUCUCCGGCUCGGUUCCGGGGACAUCGGCUCCGUCUACUUGGCGGAGCUGAAAAAGAACAAUGAUAGUAUCACUAUCAGUACCAAUAACAACGGCCUUUUCGCGGUUAAAGUGAUGGACAAGAAAGAACUUGCUUCUAGAAGCAAAGAAGGAAGAGCCAAGACUGAGAGAGAAAUACUUGAACAGUUGGACCAUCCUUUUCUGCCAACGCUUUACGCGAGUAUAGACUCGCAGAAAUGGCUCUGUUUGUUAACGGAGUUUUGCCACGGCGGUGACCUCCACGUGCUCCGACAACGCCAGCCUAACAAACGCUUCGACGAAACUGCCGUAAGAUUCUAUGCAUCAGAAGUGGUAGUAGCUCUAGAGUACCUUCACAUGCUGGGGAUUGUUUACCGUGAUCUUAAACCCGAAAACGUGCUCGUUCGAUCAGAUGGCCACAUCAUGCUCACAGAUUUUGAUCUCUCAUUGAAAUGUGAUGAUUCUACAUCAAAGGCUCAAAUCAUUUCUAAUCAAAACCCUCCACUUUCGGCCCCACAAAAUGACUAUCCUGUUGAUCAUCCUCCUUUCACAUCUUCUUCAUGCAUUCUUCCAAAUUGUAUAGUCCCGGCUGUAUCAUGCUUCCACCCAAAACGCAAACGGAAAAAGAAGUCGGCUCACCAAGGUGGGCCUGAAUUUGUAGCUGAACCUAUUGAUGUGCGGUCCAUGUCGUUCGUUGGGACCCAUGAGUAUUUGGCGCCGGAGAUUGUUUCUGGCGAGGGGCAUGGGAGUCCAGUGGAUUGGUGGACGUUAGGGAUAUUCAUAUUUGAACUAUUUUAUGGGGUGACACCCUUUAGGGGUGUAGACCAUGAGCUAACCCUAGCUAAUAUUGUGGCCCGAGCCCUUGAGUUUCCUAAGGAACCCGCCAUGCCAGCUGCUGCCAAGGACCUGAUUCAACAACUGUUGAUUAAGGAUCCAGCAAGGCGGUUAGGAUCUACUAAGGGUGCGUCGGCAAUCAAGCACCAUCCUUUUUUUCAGGGGGUGAAUUGGGCAUUGUUGAGAUGUACACCCCCACCAUUUGUUCCCCCACCCUUUAGUAGAGAAGUUGUAUCAGAUGAAAGUUGUCCUGAAACACCAGUUGAAUAUUAUUAGUGAAACUAAAAAUGAAAUGUUAAUAAACAUCGAUCUCACAAUAUCACAAAAUUACUUUCGAAUUAUUGUUUCAAUCGCAU